AUGGCCAAUGAGGGUCGACGUCGACUCGAAACACUGGCGACGGACAUUUGCAGGGUCUGGGCCGCCUCGCAACCAUCUUCAGCUUCGAUGGAUGCAACGACCAUCCGCUCCAAAAGCGGAGGGCGAACAAACCCCGAGUUCAGGCUGUGUGACAGAGACUGA